CUGUACUUGGCCCCAUUGGGUGAAAACCGGGAGUCCGAUGAGCAUUUUGGUGGUUUGAAUCUUUUUGUUUCUGAAUUGCCACGUUAGGAUCUGGUCAACAUCCUUCACACGGGUUUCAGCUCACGGUGAAUCGCGAGGGCGAAGCAGUGGGUUGAUAUAAUAGGGUUUUUUUUGCACGCUUGUAUAUUGUAAGCGAUUUGCACAAGGAACCAUACGCCUCCAGUAUCACCUUGUCUCCGGUGUGAAGUCGUGGAUUGUCCUCUUUUCCAGACUGAAGCAGAAGAGUAGAAACCAGGCGCUUUUUUUUUUUUUUUACAAUCAUCUGAAGGGCAGUUAUUGAGUUGGCGAACGCAUCCAUCAUCCCUGGGUUCAGUGUGUGUGAGCAACACUGAAUCCAGCGAGCAUAUCAAGCAGCAACUGAUUUUCGGGUAAUAUUGGCGAUGAAACCUGAUGGGGUGGCCACAGCACCAUCUGAACCAAUGGAAGCCGAAGAAACAGAAGCCAUAACAGAACCAACCAGCAACGACGGGGCGUCUCAAAAUGGGACUACACCUUCACCCCCACAAUCUGAUGAACCCCAAAAUGAGCAAGCAGCUCCUCCAACUGUUAAAGAAGCUUCUGGGAAAGCAGUAGAUGCUAAAAGCAAAUCCAAAGGCCCAGUCAAAGGCAAGAUUGCUGCAGGUCCAACUACCACUGGACCAGGCACGCGACCCAAAGCAACCCAAAGUCGUGUGGCUAAUGGCCUCACAAAGACUGCAUUGAGUGCCCCAACCAAGAAACCCAUUCCAGCUAGCACUGCGGCAGCAGACAAGAAGAAACCCACCACUACCGUUGGAUUUUCAGGUCCAAGUAAGAAACCCGUUGGCUUUUCUACUGUCGUUGCAACCUCAAGGGCCCAACCUAAAGCAACAACUGCUGGAACAAACAAAUCAACAACAACCACCACAGCCAGUGGAACAAAGACCAGUCUGAGUAAGAGACCUGCCACUAGUGCUGCAACCAAACCCAAAACCACAGCUCCUGCUCCAAGGCCAGCUGCUGCCCCUGCUGCCAAACCCAGAACUUCAGCCACAGCCAAAACCACUGCAGCUCCCAAAACUAACAGGGCGACUGGAAGUUCUGCCCCACGACCAACUGCUACUUCAGCUACAGGAAGAACAGUAACUGGGACAACUACAUCUACUUCUGCAGUUCCUAGAACAAGCACUACUACUAAACCCCUUGUUACAGCAUCAGCUGCUCGGAAAGAUGUUGGAAAAACAAGCACUACGGCACCUGCGAAAAAAACCGUUCCCUCAAUAUCCCGAUCUGCUGCCAGCAAGCCUUCAAAUUCAGAGGCUCCAAAACCAGCUGCAGCUACCAAACGACCUCCACCUAGCAUCAAAGCACCUCAACCCAAACCAGAUGACAAAAAAAGUUUACCAACACUUAAGGUGCCUUCUAGUCCACGAAACAAUCCCUCACGGCCAGCAUCAGGCAAGAACAUUGCAGCACAUCCCAGUCACAAACAACCAGGUAGCAUGGUCAGUGCGAAGUUUCAGCCAGCUAAACCAGCACAGUCUGUCAAAGGAAAGCCGGAUAAUACAGAACCUGCAACAAAACCUGAUAAUAGAGAUCCUGCAACAAAACCUGAUGAUAAAGAUCCUGCAGCAGAACCUGUGCAACUUUCAGCAGCUGCAGUAGCUACUGCUGUAGCAACAGCUGCAGCCAUAGCCAGGGAAGAGUCUGUUUCAGGGCCUGAAGCUACUCCAACUGUAGAGAGUUCUCUGGAUGUUCCAGCCUCUUCUUUAGGUGUUCAGGAAAUGGUAGAUGUGCAGGUCACUAAUGUCAGCUCUCAAAUUGUGCUGGAUAUUUCUAACACGGAGCCAGAGGCUCAAGAGGCCUUAAUAGAAGCUGGUUCUGUUGAAGUGGCUUGUCUGACAUCAUCUGUAGUCGAUCAGGAAUCUGAAGAGCAGGUAUCUGGAGAAGUUGAUGAAAAGCUUAUUGCGGCUGAGGCACCAGUUGUACAGGAAGCAACUGAGCAGGAAAGCUUAACUGCUUCACAAUUUGAUAACUCUGCAGCUACCAUAGUGUCCUCUGGUGUAGAGGUGGCUGAAAAAGCUGAACGGAUUAACAGUGACUGUUAUGAAGAUGUGGAAGAAGAAGAGAGGGAAGGCAGUCAACAAGUGUCUCUGUCAGAAAUGAGUGGCACCCAGCCUACUGAAGAGUCUCGACCUGGGUCAGCUGGGCUUGCCGGCUCCGUUUGGCGGGCAGGGGCCUUGCUCUCUGAGCUUGACUCUGAGGAUGUGAGUUGCAGCCAGCAGGGAGCGUCAGAGCUAAGUGCUCCAGGCGUCCUGGAAGGCACGGAGAGCAUGGAUGAUCUAGGGGAUGCAAGCCUUAAAGGAGCUGAUGGCGAAGGUGCAUCUGUUGGGUCCCCUGACUUUGAGAAGGUUUCUGAUAUUCUUACUAAUGAAGAUGAUGAUGAUGAUGAUGAUAGAGUCUGUGACAUGGAGGUUGGGUCCGAAAGAGCAGAGGACUCUCAUAGGCAGCAUCAUGACGACGAGGAUGAAGAGGAUGAAGAUGUAGAAAUGGCAAGCGAGGGCAUUACUGAGAGUGGGCUUGAAAGUUAUGGGAAUGCAGAUGAGGAUGACUUGACCGAAGACUAUAGAUUAGACAACUUGAACCGAAUCCAGCCUCCUCCUUUGGUUCAUUCUGCCCCUCCAGCAUCCCAGUGGAACCAGCCUAGUUGCUUUGCAGAUGCCUGGGCCCAGCCACCACAACCUGCCUCUACACUUCUUUCAAGUCCUUCCUCUGAAUGUUGGCAAGCAGACCCAGAAACCCCAACACAGACACCUGUUCAAGCAAGACUUGAUGUUAGCUCUGAAAGGGGCUCGCCAUCAAACCUUUUGGAGCCUCCACCUUGCACACCUCAUCAAGCCCCAAUAUCUGCUGCAGAGGGGAAUGUUAGCCCCAAACCAGGCUUGACACCCUCUCAAACCUGCAAGUUCCAGCCUGAUACUUCCAGUGACCCUGGCCUAGCAUCUGACAGUAACAGAGACAUAAGUUUACCAGAAGAGGUGAAAGACAACAACUUAUUGGCAACUAAUGAGACUCAUUCUAAAGUGGAGCUCCAGCCAGAACCACUAAACCCUGUCCCCACUGUCUUGCCAGACAUCAUGCAGGAUCUAGGCAUCCACCUUGAACGUGCUGAUGAGGAAGAGGAACCUGAAACUCUUCCGGCUGAUGUACUGGGUGGUCCAGCAACUGCUCCAUCAUCUCCUUCAUCAGCUACGGAGGAUGAGGCAAGUGACACAGAAGGUGAAAUACAGAUCAGUGACCCUCAAGCUGAGCUAUCUGGCACUGGGAAUGCCUAUGGAACAGCACCUGCGGGCCGCAACUUGUCAACUCUAGAGGAAUGUGAAGAAAUGGGUGGGGAGAAUGGUGGUGGUAGUGAGACCCCUCAGUCUGCCACUUCUGCCGCAUCCUAUGGCUUUGACUACAUGACCUCUAACUCCAAUGCCCAGUCAUCUGCUGAGAGUUGCAGCAAGAGUCCUGGCAUCUUUUCUCUAGAAAAUGAAGAGCAGCUCCCAGAUGAGGCCAAGGAUCCAUCUCUUCUUAAAGAGUUGACCCUGAUACCCACUACUGCAUCUGAGGAAAAGAUUGACCCUAUUAAAAGCCAACAUGGAGAGUUUCAGUCUCACCCAGAGCAGCAGUACAUGCUGUGUGGAGAGUCCAGUGAGCUGCCUGAGCCUGAUUCAGUAGCGGGAGCUGUACCCUUAGAGUCUGGCUUGAUUGAUCCUUCGUCCCGACAGCACCAAGAAGAUCUUGACUCUCAGCAUCUCUACUACUCCACUAUAUGCGAAAAGACUGAUAGUCCCCUGGCAGAAGGAAAUUACCAUUUUCCACCACAACCAAAUGGCUUGCUUUCUAUCCAAAUGACGAUGUCAUCCAAACUUCGUCUCCGGCCACGUGCUCCCCAUGUGACCCAGCCACCACGGCUUCCCACUGACCUCCCUCCCAGAAUACCAAAUGUGGUGGCAAACAUGCAGCUCCGAUGUCUAGAGCAACACCAACAGCACCUUCAUGAGAUCCAGCAACGUCAGGAGAAACGUAAUGGAGAACAAGCGAGACAAGAAGAAGAGGAGAAACAAGCAAGGAAUGAGAGGGAGCAGCAGGAGGAAGAACAGAAGAGAAAUUUACUUGAGUUGCAACUUAAGCAGCAAGAGCAAGAACUAAAGCAGCGACAGCAGAUCAUGCAGUGGCAACAAGAACUUGAACAACAACAGCAGCAAAAACACAAGGUGCAUACACCAGUUGUCCUCUCUCCUUCAUCAGGUCUCACCACCAUCUAUGAAACUGUGGAAACGAGUGAUGAAGAGGAGGAGGGACAAGGAGUGGUUGAGGAAGUAGAAGAUAUAAGCUCCUUUAUUGUGUGCCCUGGAGAAGACAUGCAAAGAUGCACUGAAGAAAAUAAAUCCGCUGAUCUUUAUUCACAAUGCACAACACCUUCCCCUGAGUCUAUUAUUCAGGGUUCCCAGCAAGAACUUCAGGAGACAGACCCUGCAGCAGACCAAGAUAGUCCUUCUCCCUUGGGAUCUCCUGAACGACCUCCGCCUCUGGAGUUUGACUGGGGCAAGAAAGUGGACAUUGUCCAGCAGCUCAUCAAUCAGACAUUACUGCUUGCAGGUGAUGGUUGCUCGCCCCUUCUUCUGCUACCCAGAGGAGCAGGUGGGACACUCAGCCCCCUUGAAAGCAGCCUGUGGCCCAACUUGUUGCCACCUCUGACACCCCCUUCAGCCACUGUGACGUCUGUGAGCAGCUUUUCACCCGAGGCUCCAGGCAGCACUGCUCAGGGUGAGUGGACCGUUGUAGAGCUGGAGACACAUCACUGAGGAAAGCUGAAUAAAAUGCUUGCCAAAUAUGAACUUUUGAACUCAAAAGACUUGAGAUGAAGGUCCACCAGUAGGGAAGCGUAUGU